AUGGUUUCAUCUGAAACAACAUGUACAUUGAUCGGUGGAAGCUUAAUUGUUCUACUUAUUGCUGGUUAUUUUGGCCAGCACUUGUUACCAGCACCUAAACCGAAAAUUAUCGGUUUAGAUUUAGGUACAACUUAUUCGUGUGUUGGUAUCUAUCAUGCCAUAAGUGGUUUAGUUGAAAUUAUUCCUGCUCAACGCAAUCGUUCAUGUUUACCGUCCAUUGUCUCAUUUCUUUCCAAUGGUAGUACAUUAUUAGGCUACGAUGCAUUCGAUCACAUGGAAACAAAUCCUAAUUAUACGAUUUACGAUGCCAAAAGAUUCAUUGGAAAGCAAUUUUCAUUGGAAUCAGUUGAAAAACUUCAAAAAGAUUAUCCGUUUGAAUUAGUUCGAACAGAUCAAGGUUACGUCGAAUUCGUCAUAUCGGAGAAUGGAACACGAAUUACUCCUGAACAGGUCGGAUCAUUGAUACUAAAAUAUUUGAAACAAUUAGUCGAGCAACAUCUAAAAAUAGCAAAAAUCAAACUUUGUGUUCUUAGCGUCCCUGCUGAAUUUGAUGAUUUACAACGGCAAUUCACACGACGAGCUGCAGAAUUGAUCGAUCUGAAAGUCGAACGAAUUAUAUCCGAACCAACAGCAGCAGCUCUCGCUUACGGUUUUCACAAGAAAGAAAACGUUCGAUACGUUCUGGUUAUUGAUAUUGGCGGUGGCACGACGGACGUUAGUCUGUUAUCUGUGCAAAAUGGCAUGUUCUCAACUCAGGCAAUGGCAGGAAACAAUCGUUUGGGUGGUCAAGAUUUUAAUCAAAAUUUAUUCAAUUAUAUUUUAACGCUAGUUGAAGAUUCCGAUAAAAAAACCAAUCCACUCUUCCUCCAACAUUUACGUAUCGAAAUCGAAAAAUGUAAAAUUGAUUUAUCAACAGUAAAUCAAUGUUUAAUAGAUUCGAAAUGGAUGAUCACACGAGAGAAAUUCGAAGAAAUUAAUCAAGAUUUAUUUCGAAAGAUUCGCGAGCCAUUGGACAGAAUAUUUGCUUAUAUCAACUCAGAUAUCAGUGAUGAUGAUGAUAUUAGUAGCCGGUUAACAGUUAACAAUAUUGAUGAAAUUGUUUUAGUUGGCGGUUCGACACGUAUGUUAAAAAUUCGAGAGUUAAUUGCAGAUUAUUUUCAGAAGAAACCAAAUGUUAAUAUCGAUCCUGAUGUGGCUGUUACACAUGGAGUAUCGAUUCAAGCAGGAAUUCUAGGCGGAGUAUGGCCAUUGAAUGUUAGCGCGACAGAAACUGUCCAAACACGUUUGGAAAAUCCAACGAAAUAUCAUUUGGAGCAAAUGUGUCGUAAACAAACCUUAGUAGCUGAUGAUGCACCCUCGACAAAUAUAGUAACCCUACCUCAAACACUACAACAUGAAGAGUCAUCUCCGGACAGCGAAAUCACAUCUGAAAUGGAUGAUCAACUCAACGACGAUGCAACUUGUGGAAGUAUCGAUAGUACAUCGCGUGGAAUCAGCAUAACCCCUCGAUUGUCGACAACUUUGACUGGCGAUCAUGCUGGUUCAAUUUAUCUCUCGUCAUCGAUAUCGAAAGAUUCGAAUGAUAGUGCCAGUCAUCAUUCAUCAUCAUGUCCAACGAACAUUCUUAGCGCAAAAGCUAAAAUUGGUUUACCAUUAACGGAAGAUGAAAUGCGUCUGGUUAUACGUGAUCGUCAAAAGAAAGAUAAUCAUAAUAUGAUCGAACGUCGACGUCGUUUCAAUAUUAAUGAUCGUAUUAAAGAACUUGGAACUUUAUUACCCAAAGGAACAGAUUUAGAUCUCAAACAAAACAAAGGUACAAUCCUACGUGCAUCCGUUGAUUACAUCAAAAUUUUACGCCGUCAAUAUGAUAAUGUUUCGUUAGUCGAAGAAAAAUGUCAAUUACUUUCCGAACAUAAUUCAGCGUUACUAGAACGUGUUCGAGAAUUAGAGAAAAAAUGUCUCAUGAACGGCAUACCAAUUGAUAAUUCAUCACGAAAAGGCUCAUCAGCCAUAGCUGUGACAACGCCCAGUGUCAUCAAAGAAGAACCCGCCUCUCUAUCGUCAUCGUUAAAUAAUUCAACUAAUCCUUUGGUGCCACCUUCAACACCUAUCUUUGCAACAUUCGAAUCCUUUCCACCAUUGGAUUCUUUAUCAGCCUUUGGUCUUGACGAUGAUAGUAACGAUACGACGAAUAUCAGUGGAUAUACCAAAGGAAAUAACGUCGAUCCUUUAUCGCCAUUAGCUCAUGAUCCAUUCUUAUCUUCGACUUCAUACGGAUUUGAUAACGAAAUGGAUAUCGGGGGAGUUUUUCCGUAA